AUGAACAGGACUAUGUAUUAUAAGCGGUCCGCAAGGCAGAGAAAAAAGAUGCAAGCAAUUAUUGUUUUACAAUCUGUUCGGGAUAUUUCAGUUGUUGUUGAAUUGAAAAAUUAUUUCUCCAUAAAAGGUAAAAUGAUGGAAUGUGAUGAUGAGAUGAAUUUGGAAAUGAAGGAUGUUAUCGUCUAUUCUACAGAUCCUGAAAAUCCUGAUGAGUAUGAUACGUAUCGUGUAGUAGGCAAAUUUAUACGUUUUAUACAUUUCGAUCAUUAUUUCAAUGUGGCUAAAGUGAUCCGCAAUUCUUUGCUUGCUGCUAAGAAAUAUGCAAGUGGAAAAGUUAGAUGA